AUGAUCCCCCCGAGCGGCGCCCGCGAGGACGGCGUGGACGGGCUGCCCAAGGAGACGGCGAGCGCCGAGCAGCCGCCCUCUCCUGCAUCCACCGGCAGUCAGGAAUCCAAGCUCCAGAAACUAAAACGAUCACUUUCUUUCAAGACCAAGAGUUUACGGAGCAAAAGUGCUGACAACUUCUUCCAGCGAACCAACAGCGACGUGAAGCUGCAGGCGGACGUGCUGGCGGAGGUCAGCCCCAGCUCCAGCCCGCUCCCUGCCCCCGGAAGCCUGACCUCCACACCCACCAGGGCCGGUCUGUACCCUGGCGGCGGCGGCAAGGCCCAUGCCUUUCAGGAGCACAUCUUCAAGAAGCCCACUUUCUGUGACGUCUGCAACCACAUGAUCGUGGGAACAAAUGCUAAGCAUGGACUGCGCUGCAAGGCCUGUAAGAUGAGCAUCCACCACAAGUGCAUGGAUGGCCUGGCACCCCAGCGGUGCAUGGGCAAGCUGCCAAAGGGGUUUCGGCGUUACUACAGCUCCCCCUUGCUCAUUCACGAACAGUUCGGCUGCAUUAAAGAAGUCAUGCCCAUUGCCUGCGGCAAUAAGGUGGACCCUGUGUAUGAGACCCUCCGCUUCGGCACCUCGCUGGCCCAGAGGACAAAGAAGAGCAGCUCGGGCAGCGGCUCCGACUCGCCUCACAGAACCUCGACUUCAGAUCUCGUGGAGGUUCCUGAAGAGGCUGAUGGGCCGGGAGAUGGGUAUGACCUGCGGAAGCGGAGCAACAGUGUGUUCACGUAUCCAGAAAAUGGCACCGACGAUUUCAGAGACCAAGCAAAGAACAUAAAUCACCAGGGACCUCUUUCCAAAGACCCAUUACAGAUGAACACCUAUGUUGCCUUGUACAAAUUUGUACCACAAGAGAAUGAAGAUUUGGAAAUGAGGCCAGGAGACAUGAUUACUCUUCUAGAGGAUUCUAAUGAAGACUGGUGGAAAGGGAAAAUUCAAGACAGAAUUGGCUUCUUUCCAGCCAACUUUGUUCAGAGAGUACACCAAAAUGAGAAGAUUUUUAGAUGUGUUAGAACCUUCACUGGGUGUAAGGAACAGGGACAGAUAACCCUGAAAGAGAAUCAGAUCUGUGUGGCUUCUGAAGAAGAACAAGACGGCUUUAUCAGAGUGCUCAGUGGAAAGAAGAGAGGCCUGGUCCCCCUCGAUGUUCUAGAAAACAUCUGAUUGCUGGCCCCUCCUUUUGAAGUCGGCAAGCCCUGGGGUGAUGCCUCAUCUCACACUGUGUUAACCCAGAGGAGCUGCCGCCCUGACCAGCUACCCAGGAAACAGUGAGACGAGACUCAAGGGUCUGAGACUGUGGGGGAACAGCCUCAAGGCAGGGGGCCCAUGGCACAGCACGUCCAGGCUGCCCGAGGUGGGGGUGAGGCUGGGAGCUUCGGCUCGUGGAGCCAAGUGUGGUACCCAGCAGGUGGUAACCACUGCUGACGCCUAGAACUCAGCUCCCUCCCCGUCCACGUGGUGUAAGUUAACCUGCUGGAGGGUGCUCCAGUCUGUGGGGUGGCCCGAGGGUGAGGCUCGGAUCCAGGUAGCCAGGUGUGAUUCUGGUUCCAGACCUCUGUCCCCAGUACCCGCCAGUCAGCAUCGUCACAUGUGAGAGGCCUGCAGUCUUUCUACAGAGCAGCAGGAAGCCCUACUCCCUAACCCCUAACAUGCCAGUGCUCCCCACAGACCCCCACCCCCACUUUACAAUCCAGCCAAAUCUUCUGUCCUCAGAGUACCUCCUGGUGGUGUGUGUUAGGUGUGAGGGCUAAGCUGAUGUGGCAGCAACUUGAAGACCUGAUCUGCCCCGGAAUUGCCAUCAGGCAGCCCCUCCUGCCACUUAUUACCAGAUGCAGGAUAUGAAGCAUGGAGGUGGUGGGUCAAGUGGGGGAAGGUAGGGCAGAGAGCCUACUUAUUGACGACUAUACAGCCCUUUCCUUUCGAUGAUGAAAUCCUUUUCCCGAGAUGGAGCUGGGGACGUGAAUGUGGCAGAAAGUCUCCGUGAGAGCUUCCUCUUCAUUUGACCUCUUCUGUGUUAGGGGCAGCUCCCCCUCAUGCCAUCCCACAGGACUCCCUUUUGGAGGCUGAGCCCAUCUUACAGGGAACCGGAAUCAUGGAGGAGAAAUAGAAACAGCAUCUUAGGAGAAAAGUAGCCAGAUUGGAAUCCAUUCUUCUUUAGGGCAGGAUAUUUUGCCCCAGCAGAUGUAAAAUGGAAUGUAAUCCAUAAUGCUUCAUCCCUCUGCAAGCAGAGGCACUUGGUCCUAUUUAGCAUCAACUAGAGGAGUCCCUCUUAACUCUGUAUGUACUACUGUUUACAAGAACGCAAUAUACUGUGAUGCCUCCAGCCUCCUCCUAGCAUUCAGACUCGCAUCUUAUUAAUACAGUUAAACUUCAGUUCACAGUGACCUUGGAAUCAAUGUCAGUUUGGUUUAUUUUGUUACAGAGCAAUAAAGUCCUUAGAACAAUUGGUUUU